AUGCCUCGUGGACUCAAUGCGGCGCGCAAGUUGCGCCUGAACCGUAAGGACCAGAAGUGGGCCGACCUCGGAUACAAGAAGCGUGCUCUCGGCACUGCUUUCAAGUCCUCUCCCUUCGGUGGCUCCUCCCACGCCAAGGGCAUCGUCCUCGAGAAGGUCGGUGUCGAGGCUAAACAGCCCAACUCCGCCAUCCGAAAGUGCGUUCGUGUUCAGUUGAUCAAGAACGGCAAGAAGGUCACUGCUUUCGUCCCCAACGACGGUUGCUUGAACUUCGUCGACGAGAACGACGAGGUCCUCCUGGCCGGUUUCGGUCGCAAGGGCAAGGCCAAGGGUGAUAUUCCCGGUGUUCGCUUCAAGGUCGUCAAGGUCUCUGGUGUCGGUCUGCUCGCUCUGUGGAAGGAGAAGAAGGAGAAGCCCAGAUCUUAA